AAUUGGGUCUUUGCGGCGCAAUACCGCUACUCUCUACACUUGCCUUGCUCCCCUCGAGACCAAUUCUGUGAUCAUUGAAGGUGCUCGAUAUUUAUGGCAUUUCGGAAAGCCUUCUUUGCCUUCCUUCUCAUUUCCAGUUACCUGCGCUGGACUCGAAUGCAUCACUCAUGUCUCUCCCUUCCCUACAGAGGCUCGAGUUUGAUUUCAAUGGCUACUAUAAGGGAAAUCCGGGGCGGCAUAUACUCGGGAAGCGAUACGAUUCAAAUGUCGCAGAAAUUAGCAUUCUGGGAGCGAAUCAUUAUGCCUAUUGUGAGCCUGACAUCAUCCGCUUCAAAGCGCUACAGCGCUUUUUUUUUGAGCCUGGAUCGGGAUGUCGGACAUCUCGGAGAUAUCAGCCCUCAGAUGGCUGUGGAUGACCUGGCGAUGAGCAGCAAGACACUGCAGCACAUCACGAUACAUGUCUUUGCCGAUACUCCGGCGUCAUUCGCUCACUUCGAGUGUUUGCGCGUCCUCGAUGUCGACAGCAGCUGUCUCAUCAACUGGGUUGAAAACCCGCCUAACCGCGAGCUUGUAGGGCAAGCACUUGCGCAAAGACUGCCUAGGUCACUCGAGCAGUUAUGGUUCCGACCCUGGAGUACAUUUGUUCAACUUAUCAACUACCCUACGAUGCUUCUUGGCCCAAUCGGGGACUCAUUUGGUCUAAGUAUUACUCUCUGAGUUCACCUUAGAGCUUGCGGGUGAUCGCUUUCCCUAUCUGCGGCGCAUUCUUCUCGCACACAUUCGCGAAAAAGAUACCCCUCGGUACCGUUAUCAUAGGUGCGAAGAGCAUUGUCGGCGGGAGAUGGAGAGAUUUGGGUUGAUAGAAAGGUUUGAGGCAGCCGGAGUUCAGCUUCUCCCUUGAUACGACAUCUCUGCCUCUGACAACGACUUCUCCAAGGAAACGAGUAUGCCUGUCGGAGGGGGACAGGCUAGAAUAGAUCGAAUCACCACAUUUUAGAACUCAUUAGGCUACUAAGAAGUUGUUCCCAUCGUAAAAUUUGUCGGGCGUACAAUUAGUUUGUGGCUUCAUAUAUGCCAGACAUGGAAGCUUGGAGAAAAGCCUAUGAUAAUACAUCGUGUUUUUGGCUGAAGAUCUCACCUUCGGCCAUUAUUUUCCCCCUUCCGUAGCCUUUUCCUUGUAGACUUUGUG